AUGGCUCUGGUUGGAAACAAAAUCUACUUCCUGUUGGAUAACAAUAGCAUCAUUGAGUUUGUUUUGGAUAAGCAUACCUUGGGUUUAGUUGAGGAGGUGCCAUGUACCUACGAUCAGAUUCUCAUCAUGUCGACGGAGGAUGGAUGCCUUGGUUUAGCUGGAGUGGAACGAUUCAAUUUCAAUCUUAAUCUGUGGUCAAAGGUGGCGAGCAUUGACGGGGUGGUGACAUGGACACAUCUAAGUGUCAUUGAACUCGUAAAAAUUCUUGCGCCUGAAGCAGUGUCGGUGUGUAUGGCUGGAGGUAUUGGAGCGCAUGCAGUUGGCUGUGCGGUAGAUGCGGAUGUGAUCUUCAUCGAUGUGUAUCCUAGCAUCUACAUGAUCCAUCUCAAGUCCAUGAAGAUCGAGGAGGUGUCGAAGGAACGGGUCGGCAAACAAUAUGUUUUUCCUUACACAAGUUUCUACGCUCCAGGAAUUGCCAUUGGUGGUGCAAAUGAUCAAGUUGAACUGCUGAACAACAGUUGA